CCCAACACUUUUUUGGCUUCGCUUUUUGUUUUUUUUUUUGUUGGUUCAAAUUUUGAUUUCAAUCCUAUUUUUAGGUGAUGAUUUCUGACAAGAAUUUGGCAAACGCCGUCGGCGGCAAGACGGCUAGAGCCUGCGAUAGCUGUAUACGAAAACGGGCUCGGUGGUACUGUGCGGCCGAUGAUGCUUUCUUAUGCGAAGCUUGUGACUUGUCUGUGCACACGGCUAACCCAUUGGCAAGUAGACAUGACAGGGUUCGGUUGAAAACAGCAUCGUUCAAAUCCUCCGAUGGAGAAUCCGGGCCAUCAUGGCACCGAGGGUUCACUAAAAAAGCGCGGACGCCAAGGCACGGAAAGCCCGUGAAUCAUCAAACACCUAAAUCCGAACAAGAGUCAGCGAGAAACCCAUUUCCUCUGGUGCCGGAAGUCGGUGCCGACGAGACGACGUCGCACGAAGAAAAGGAAGAGCAGCUUCUUUAUAGGGUUCCGAUAUUCGAUCCCUUUCUUGCCGAGCUAUGCGCGAGUACGGCGACUUCGAAAGAUGAAGCGGUUGCGGCGGAAAACGCCAGCGCUAAUGGAAGCGAAUCUAAGUUGUCGUUAGCUAGUAACUAUGGUCACGACGGCGAAAACUUACAUGGGUGUCUUCCAUCUGACAUGGAUCUUGCUGAGUUUGCUGCUGAUGUUGAGAGCUUGUUGGGAAGGGGAUUUGAGAAUGAGUGUUUUGGCAUGGAAGGGUUGGGGCUAAUGGAUUGUAAAUUAGAGGAGGAGGGUUCUUUAGGCAGCGGAAGGGUAAUAAAGCUGGAGGAAGAAGAGGAGGGUACGGAAGCCGUUACGGCGUCGUGCCGGGUUGAUGAUACUGAGAUUGAUAUGAUGAGGGAACCCUUUGAAUUGAACUUCGACUACGAUUCUCCUGCCACGUGUGAGGAGGAAGAUGAGAAGGUGGCGGCUAAGCAGAAUGGCGGUGGACUUUCACUUGCAGCAGUCGAUGCAAAAAAGAAGAAGAAGAAGAAGAUAUUAUUGAAUCUGGAUUAUGAGGCGGUCAUCACGGCAUGGGCCAGCCAAGGGUCCCCGUGGGCCUCCGGUGACCGUCCGGAUUUUGACCCUGAUGAAUAUUGGCCAGACUGCCUGGGGAUUGGAGUUUAUCAUCCACACGGAGAAUAUGGUGGAAGUGGGGGAAACCCGACAAUGGGUGACGGAGGGAGAGAAGCAAGAGUGUCGAGGUACAGAGAGAAACGAAGAACGCGGCUCUUCUCAAAGAAAAUAAGAUACGAGGUUCGGAAGUUGAAUGCGGAGAAGAGGCCUCGAAUGAAAGGGAGAUUUGUAAAGAGGUCAUCCUUUGCAGGACCUGCUUUUCCCUUACUCACCACCAAGUAACUGUAACGUUCCCUGUAUAUUCCCAGUUUGCUUUGCACUCGCUAAUUAACUGGAAUAUAUUAUGUGUAUAAGGAUCCAAUAAAUAAAUUCAGAUUUCUCCUUCAA